AUGAGGCACAACUCUCACCGGCUGCUCCUCCCCCUCCUCCUCCGAAGAACCUACGCUACGACCGCAACCCCACCCCUAAUCACAAAAACCACCAUUCCAGCGGCACACACAGGCCACAUAACCCUUCUGACCCUCUCCCACCCCUCAGCCAAAAAUGCCAUCUCAAGCGCACUCCUGAACGAACUCCGCCAGCACAUCACCCCCCUCCUCCACCCAACCUCAUCCUCACCCUCCACCCGCGCACUGGUCCUCGCCAGCAACGUCCCGGGCGUCUUCUGCGCGGGCGCGGACCUGAAAGAGCGUGCGACAUUCACGCCAGAACAGACGGCAACGUUCCUCGCGAACCUGCGAGGCGCGCUACGGGACAUUUCCACCCUGCCGAUCCCCACGAUUUCCGCCAUCAGCGGGCUCGCGCUGGGCGGGGGACUCGAGCUGGCACUGGCGACGGACCUGCGCAUCCUAGGCACCCGCGCGCAGGUCGGCUUGCCCGAGACCAGGUUGGGAAUCAUCCCUGGCGCUGGGGGCACCUACCGUCUCCCGCUGCUGAUCGGGGUUUCCAGGGCUAAGGAUUUGAUUUUCACGGGCAGGAGGGUUGGAGCUGAGGAAGCGCUGCGUUUGGGAUUGGCGAAUAGGGUUUUCGAGGUCCCGGAGGGGGAAGGUGGGGAGGGGAUGGAGGUGGUUACGACGGCUGCCGUGGAACUUGCCGGGGAGAUUUGCGGGGGUGGGCCGGUCAGCCUGAGGAUGGGGAAACGGGCUAUCGAUGGGUGCUGCGAGGAGGCGGAGAAUAAGGCCUAUGAGGGUGUGGUUGCCACGGAGGAUCGGAACGAGGCGUUGAAGGCCUUCAGGGAGAAGAGGACGCCCGUGUUCAAGGGCAGGUAG